AAUAUUUUUUCUAUAAAUACACACCAGUGAAACAUCCCAUUGAAAAAUCAGAGAGAGAAACUGGUAGGUACUUCUAGUAAAGUAAACCUACUUCUCGUGCUUCACUCAAUUUUUUCUGCAAAAAAAUAAAUAGAUAACAUCAUCAUCACCACAAGGUAGAGAAGAGAGGGGGAAACACAAAUACCAAAUAUGGCUCGUAACUUAGAGAAACUAGCAUCAAUUGAUGCUCAACUAAGGCUUUUAGUUCCUGGAAAAGUGUCAGAAGAUGAUAAACUUGUUGAAUAUGAUGCUUUGCUUCUUGAUAGCUUUCUUGACAUCCUUGAAGAUUUGCAUGGAGAUGAUAUCAAACAAACUGUUCAAGAGUUGUAUGAACAUUCAGCCGAGUACGAAGGCGGAAACCAUGACCCUAAGAAGCUAGAAGAUCUUGGGAAUAUACUAACAAGUUUGGAUCCUGGAGAUUCAAUUGUUGUUGCGAAAUCAUUCUCACACAUGCUUAACUUGGCUAACUUGGCUGAGGAAGUUCAGAUUGCUUAUCGUAGAAGAAUUAAGCUUAAAAAGGGGGAUUUUGCCGAUGAGAAUUCAGCAACAACUGAAUCAGAUAUUGAAGAGACUCUCAAGAGACUUGUCACACAAAUGGGGAAAUCCCCUGAAGAGGUUUUUGACGCUCUCAAGAACCAGACUGUUGAUCUUGUGUUUACUGCUCAUCCUACGCAAUCCGUCCGAAGAUCUUUGCUUCAGAAGCAUGGAAGGAUUCGUGAUUGUUUGGCGCAGUUAUAUGCAAAAGACAUUACUCCUGAUGAUAAGCAGGAACUGGAUGAGGCACUUCAGAGAGAGAUUCAGGCAGCAUUUCGAACUGAUGAAAUCCGUAGGACACCUCCUACUCCUCAAGAUGAGAUGAGGGCAGGAAUGAGCUACUUCCAUGAGACAAUCUGGAAGGGUGUCCCGAAAUUCUUGCGUCGUCUUGACACAGCGUUGAAGAAUUUAGGGAUAAAUGAGCGGGUUCCUUACAACGCACCACUCAUUCAGUUUUCUUCUUGGAUGGGCGGAGACCGGGAUGGAAAUCCAAGGGUUACUCCUGAAGUCACAAGAGAUGUGUGCUUAUUGGCUCGAAUGAUGGCUUCCAACUUAUAUUAUUCUCAGAUAGAAGACCUUAUGUUUGAGUUGUCUAUGUGGCGUUGUAGCGAUGAACUCCGUAUACGUGCAGAUGAGAUCCACAGGUCCUCAAAGAAAGAUGCCAAACACUACAUAGAGUUUUGGAAAAAAGUUCCUGUAAGUGAACCAUAUCGUGUUAUACUUAGUGAUGUGAGGGAUAAGCUGUAUCAGACUCGUGAGCGCUCUCGACAUUUACUAUCCAAUGAAAUUUCAGAGGUUCCAGAGGAGGCAACAUAUACAAAUCUUGAGCAGUUCUUAGAGCCUCUCGAGCUUUGUUAUAGAUCCCUUUGCUCUUGUGGUGAUCGAGCAAUUGCUGAUGGUAGCCUUCUUGAUUUCUUACGCCAAGUUUCUACUUUUGGUCUCUCACUCGUGAGACUUGAUAUUAGGCAAGAAUCAGAUAGGCACACUGAUGUCAUAGAUGCCAUCAUAAAUCACCUGGGCAUUGGUUCCUACAAAGAGUGGUCCGAAGAACGCCGUCAAGAGUGGCUCCUCUCUGAACUCAAUGGAAAGCGACCACUUUUUGGCCCUGAUCUUCCAAAAACCGAAGAAAUCGCUGAUGUGUUGGACACAUUCCAUGUCCUAUCAGAACUCCCUUCUGACAACUUUGGUGCGUAUAUUAUCUCAAUGGCCACAUCCCCAUCAGAUGUAUUAGCUGUAGAGCUCCUACAACGUGAAUGUCACGUGAAGAAUCCCUUGAGAGUUGUACCGUUAUUUGAAAAGCUUGCGGAUCUAGAAGCUGCUCCUGCUGCCAUGGCUCGUCUUUUCUCUGUAGAAUGGUACAGGAAUAGAAUAGACGGGAAACAAGAAGUCAUGAUUGGUUAUUCUGAUUCUGGAAAAGAUGCUGGCCGAUUCUCUGCAGGCUGGCAGUUGUAUAAAGCUCAAGAAGACCUCAUAAAGGUUGCAAAGCAAUUCGGAGUGAAGUUGACUAUGUUUCACGGCCGAGGUGGGACUGUUGGAAGAGGAGGUGGUCCCACCCAUCUCGCUAUCCUGUCUCAACCCCCAGAUACUAUUAACGGGUCAUUACGUGUUACAGUUCAAGGAGAAGUGAUAGAACAAUCUUUUGGGGAAGAACACUUGUGUUUUAGAACACUUCAGCGUUUCACUGCUGCUACACUUGAGCAUGGUAUGCAUCCACCUGUCUCACCAAAGCCGGAGUGGCGUGCACUUAUGGAUGAGAUGGCCAUCAUUUCAACAGAGAAGUAUCGUUCUAUUGUCUUCAAAGAACCUCGAUUCGUUGAAUACUUCCGCCUGGCAACACCAGAGCUUGAAUAUGGUAGGAUGAACAUUGGGAGUCGUCCUUCAAAAAGAAAGCCGAGUGGGGGAAUUGAAUCUCUACGUGCUAUCCCGUGGAUCUUUGCAUGGACCCAGACAAGGUUUCAUCUUCCUGUGUGGCUUGGGUUUGGAGCUGCAUUUAAACAUGUCAUCGAGAAAGACGUUAGAAACCUCCAUAUGCUCCAAGAGAUGUACAACCAGUGGCCUUUUUUCAGAGUCACAAUCGACUUGGUUGAAAUGGUGUUUGCCAAGGGAGACCCUGGUAUUGCUGCUUUAUAUGACAAGUUGCUAGUGUCGGAGGAUCUUUGGUCUUUCGGACAGCAAUUGCGAGCUGAUUACGAAGAAACUAAAAGCUAUCUCCUCAAGAUUGCAGGCCACAGGGAUCUUCUUGAAGGGGACCCAUACCUGAAACAGAGACUCCGACUUCGUCAUUCAUACAUAACAACCCUAAAUGUUUGCCAGGCCUACACUCUGAAACGGAUCCGAGACCCUAACUACCACGUUACACUGAGGCCUCACCUUUCGAGAGAGAUUACAGAAUCAAGCAAGCCAGCUGCUGAAUUGGUGAAGCUUAAUCCAACAAGUGAAUAUGCUCCAGGACUGGAGGACACCCUCAUCUUAACCAUGAAAGGUAUUGCUGCGGGUAUGCAGAAUACUGGUUGAAGUUAAUUACGAUCCGUCGUCAUUAUCAUCAAAAACUUCAUCGUUAUCAUCAAAAACUUCAUAUAUUUACACGUACAUAGGAGGUAUAUAAGUGGGUGGCAUACACAUAUAUAUAUGCCUGAAAUGGAGGUGGGAACAGAGUUGUGAGUACUGUUGAGUUGUUGGUUUUUAGGUUUCGGUAUUUGCCGUGCAUGCAGUCUGUAUAUCAACUAAGAAUGAAAUGCUGAACUAAAAUGUGGCAUUAAUUUUGAGUUGCUGCAUGGCUUUGCGGAAGUUAUGUCUACUACUGAACUGAUUAUCUAUGUUUCAUUAUGAAUAAAACUUUUGUUUAAGGUA